UCAUCGUCGGCGAGGAAGAUGAGCCAGCUCCCCGCCCCGGCGAGCCGGCUGUGGGAGGCGAGCAUCCGCAAGCUCCAGACCAUCCGCCGCGUCGGCACAGUCGUGCCCGCCCCGGGGAGCGUCGACGGCGCCGCCGACGCCGCCACGCCCUGCCUCCUCUCCGUCAACUCCUCGGCGUCCAACACCAUCUACCAGUACCACGAGGACGGCGAGGAGAGCGACACCAGCAACGAGGGCGGCAACGACUCGGACGCCGGCGACGACGCCGACGCCGCGCUCGGCGAGCCCACCCACGCCGAGCAGCUGCUACCCAGCGGGGACUUCUACCAGGGGGACCUGCGUGGGGACCUCCCGCACGGCGCCGGCAAGUUCCUCUGGACCGACGGCAGCAUGUACGAGGGCUCGUGGCGCCGCGGCCGCGCGUCCGGGCGCGGCAAGUUCUCGUGGACGUCCGGCGCCACCUACGAGGGCGACUUCGCCGGCGGCUACAUGCACGGCCACGGCACCUACAUCGGCGAGUUCGGGGACACCUUCGCGGGGCUCUGGGCCAGCAACCUCCGCCACGGCCGCGGCACGCAGGCGUACGCCAACGGGGACGUGUACGACGGCCACUGGCGCGACGGCCUGCAGGACGGCCACGGCCGCUACAUCUGGCGCCAGGGCCACGAGUACAUCGGCACGUGGAGGGCCGGCGACAUGCACGGGUGCGGCACCGUGAUCUGGGCGGACGGCGACAGGUACGACGGCGCGUGGGAGGACGCCAAGCCCAAGGGCCAGGGCACGUUCCGGUGGGCCGACGGCGGGAUGUACAUCGGCAUGUGGUGCGAGGAGUCCGGCGCGGUGCACGCCGACGGCGUCUACUACCCGCCGUCCGGCGGCCCCGCGGUGCCCGUGCCCCGUGAGCCGUGCGAGCCGAUCACGGCGCUGCUCCAGGAGCUCGAGGGGUGCGAGGGGAAGAAGGCGUCGCUGAUGCCGUCGCACAAGAUACUGACGUGGCCCGGGGUGGAGGCCGUGCAGAAGAAGCCGGUGUGGCGGCCGCCCAAGGUUAGCGCGGACCACGGGAGGAUGUCGAGCGUGAGCAGGAGGAUGAGCAGCGCGUCCUUGGACAUGGACAGCCUGCAGGCCGAGGCUACUGCUGCUGAGAGCGAGGAGACGCGGACGGACAGGUCGUGCUUGCGGACGUCGUCGUGCAUGCGCACGCCGCCGAGGCCGGGGAAGAAGCAGGGGGAGACCAUAUCCAAGGGGCACAGGAACUAUGAGCUCAUGCUCAACCUGCAGCUUGGUAUUAGGCAUGCUGUUGGGAGGCAGUCAGCGCCAACUUCGCUGGAUCUUAAAUCAUCAGCAUUUGAUCCGAAAGAGAAGGUGUGGACAAGAUUCCCUCCUGAAGGAUCAAAGCAUACUCCUCCUCACCAAUCAGGAGAUUUUCGGUGGAAGGACUACUGCCCCCUGGUUUUCAGGACUUUGCGCAAGCUCUUUGAUGUCGACCCUGCUGAUUACAUGCUCUCCAUUUGCGGCGAUGAGGCACUCAGGGAACUUUCAUCACCGGGGAAAAGCGGAAGUUUUUUUUACCUCACAAAUGAUGACAAGUACAUGAUCAAAACAAUGAAGAAAUCAGAAGUUAAAGUACUGCUUAGGAUGCUUCCAGCCUAUUAUAAACAUGUCCGUGCUUUUGAACAUACUCUACUAACUAAAUUCUUUGGUUUGCACUGUGUUAAACUUACCGGAGCUAUUCAGAAGAAGGUCCGGUUUGUUAUAAUGGGAAAUCUUUUCUGCUCCAACUAUGCAAUCCAUAGGCGUUUUGAUUUGAAAGGAUCUUCACAUGGUCGCAUGACAGACAAACCCAUUGAUCAAAUUAGUGAGCAUACCACGUUGAAGGAUCUUGAUCUUAAUUUCAUUUUCCGUCUGGAAGGAACUUGGUUUCAAGAAUUCUGCAGGCAAGUGGACAAAGAUUGUGAACUACUGGAGCUGGAGAGGAUCAUGGAUUAUAGUCUUUUGGUUGGUAUUCACUUCAAGGAUAGAGACAAAGGCAAUACUGAUGACGGAACGUCUAAUACUACCGCUGAAGACUCUGACGAAAAUAGGAAAACACCAUUAAAACUAGGAAUUGGCAUGCCCUCAAGGGUGGAGAACGUCGCGAAGAAUCCUGAUAGUGAAUCUCCGUUCCUUGGUGAGCCCACAGGCGAAUUCCUGGAUGUCGUGUUAUUCUUUGGAAUCAUUGACAUCCUACAAGAUUAUGAUAUUAGUAAGAAGCUCGAGCAUGCUUACAAAUCCAUGCAAUAUGAUCCCAACUCCAUAUCGGCCGUUGACCCGAAGCAAUACUGCAAGAGAUUCAGGGAUUUUAUUUUUAAGGCUUUCGCAGAUGAUGUACAAAACUAG